GCUGCCUCCUCCUUCCCGACGUUUGAGGAGCGGCCACACUGGCCGCUACCCACCGGAGCCGGGCGGGGAGGACGGCCCGCAGCGCGGCGAGGGAUGCGGCCUCGGAAGGGCAGAGGCUGAAGUGUCCCGUGCUCGCCGCGCAUCGCUCCGCGCCUCCGCCGCCCGUCUCAUUCCCCGCCCGAGCGGCAGGAGGAAGAACUCCGCGGCAGGCGGAGGAGUUGGUGACUGUUGAAUGAGCACGCUGUAAGCAAUCCGUGGUUCCUGUAGCUACCAGUUCCAGUAAUUAUAGCUCCGCUUUGUGGAAAGCCUGUAGUGUACCAGCUGCACAUUCUGUCGUCUCAUCUUACCCCCAAAUCGAAGAAGUAGGCAGCUGCAUUUUACAGAUGAGGAAACUGAAGUUCCCCAGCUAGUAAAGAGCCAAAAUUGGAACCCAGAAUAUGCUGGCAGUGUUACCUUUUGGAUCUUGGAGCAUAUCCAGAGCCUAAUAGGAUUUAGGACAGAGGAAAUGGGUGUCUGGAGUGGGAUGUUGGAAGGAAAGUAAAUAAACUUAAUUGAGAAUGUCCGAAAACCCUGGCAAGCCCAAUAUAAAUGAAGCCGGAAAAUCAAAAUCGAAUGAUUCUGAGCAAGACCUUGAAGAUGCUGUGGAAGGUUCUGAUGAAGCUCUACAGAAAACAAUAAAGUCGGUUUCUCCCAGCACCCAAAGAGUGCAAAGACCUCACUCUAGUCCUCCUCGAUUUGUGACAGUAGAAGAACUUCUAGAGACAGCGAAAGGAGUCACUAACAUGGCUCUAGCCCAUGAAAUUGUAGUAAAUGGAGACUUUCGGAUUAAACCGGUUGAAUUACCAGAAGACAGCUUGGAGAAGAGAGUAAAGGAGAUUGUACAUAAAGCUUUUUGGGAUUGCUUGAGCAUCCAGCUAAGUGAAGAGCCCCCGACAUAUGACCAUGCCAUCAAACUUGUUGGAGAAAUCAAAGAGACUCUCUUAUCUUUCUUGCUGCCUGGUCACACUAGACUGAGAAACCAGAUAACAGAAGUCUUGGAUCUGGAUCUGAUAAAGCAAGAAGCAGAGAAUGGAGCCUUAGACAUUUCCAAGCUGGCAGAAUUCAUUAUUGGCAUGAUGGGGACCCUGUGUGCACCUGCUCGAGAUGAGGAAGUCAGGAAACUAAAGGACAUUAAGGAAAUAGUGCCCCUUUUCAGGGCAAUUUUUUCCGUGUUGGACCUCAUGAAAGUAGACAUGGCGAACUUUGCCGUCACUAGCAUUAGGCCGCAUCUCAUGCAGCAGUCCGUGGACUACGAAAGGAAGAAGUUUCAACAGCUUUUGGAGAAGCAGCCAAAUUCCCUGGACUUUGUCACCCAGUGGCUGGAAGAAGCCGCAGAUGACCUUAUGAAUCAGAAGUAUAAAAAUGCUCUGCCAGCUGGGGGAGGGGCCGCUGGCUCUGGGGACGGUCCCAUGCCAAAUCCUGUGGCUGUCCAGAAUUAUGCAUACCUGAAGCUUCUGAAAUGGGACCACCUCCAGAGACCUUUCCCGGAAACCGUUUUGAUGGACCAGGCUCGCUUCCAAGAGCUCCAGCUCCAGCUGGAGCAGCUCACCAUUCUGGGAGCCGUGUUGCUGGUCACGUUCAGCAUGGCAGCCCCAGGAAUUGCCAGCCAGGCCGACUUUGCUGAGAAACUCAAGAUGAUCGUGAAGGUUCUGCUGACAGAUGCGCAUCUGCCCUCCUUCCAUCUGAAGGACGCCCUGACUACCAUUGGGGAGAAAGUCUGCCUGGAGGUGAGCAGCUGCCUAGCCCUGUGUGGGCUCACCCCCUUCACCACGGAAAAGGAGGCCGUGCUCAAGGGCCAGAUCCAGGCUGUAGCCAGUCCCGACGACCCCAUCCGCAGGAUCAUGGAUUCCCGAAUCCUGAUCUUCUUAGAAAGCUACCUUGCCUCGGGUCAUCAGAAGCCAUUGCUCACGGUCCCUGGGGGAUUGGGUCCAGUUCAGAAAGAGCUGGAAGAAGUUGCUAUUAAAUUUGUCCGCCUGGUCAACUAUAACAAGAUGGUCUUCAGUCCCUACUACGAUGCCAUCCUCAGUAAGAUCCUUGUCCGAUCCUAACACGUGUGCACUCUAGGCCGCAGUAGUAUUAGCUUCUUGGUACAGAAUACCUAUUCUCAACUCUAGUGUUGCUUUGGAAAAUGGCUAUUUAGUACAUUUCUAUGUAACAGCCCUGAUUCCAAAAGGAAGAACACUGUGUAUCACUGUUGAAAAGAGUUGUUGAAAAAGGCACUGAAUUCUAGUUUGAAGGUUUGUAUUUAUGAGUGCAAGUUUACAAAUCAAGAAGCUUCUUGUUCUCUUAAGUUUGAGGUAGCACUCCGCUUUUAAACGGUAGACUGCCGUGUGUCUCCACUGACUCUGUCCUGAUUCGAGCUGCCUUGUCUUUCCCAGGGGGCUGGGGCCUCUUUUCCGCCAUCUGGGUAGUUUUCCUUUCAGAUACCCGAGAGGAUCUGCCAGCCACCCAAGAGUGACCAAGCCAUGUCCGUGUUGAGACUCAUGCCCCUCCCUGGCACCGACCCUCACUCUUCCCUCCAGCUAUUUUGUGUUAGAAGGGCUAUCCCUAGUCUUACUGCCUCCCCUCAACCCCAGUGAUGGCGUUCUCCCUGCCUGGCCUAGCCAGAGCCCCCGAGCGCCAGAGCCCUUUUGUUCUAGAGGGGAGUUAAUUGAUUUUAAAAAGCUUAUUCUUUUAUACAGAAUCAUUCCUGAGUCUGGAUGAUAGCAGUUAUGACUUCUGGGAUCUAGAGAAAGGAAAUUCUUUGACUUUUAAGCUUUGAAAGUUAAGGAGGAAAUAUUUUUUUAAACAGUAUAUACGUUGGUGUAAUUUAAAAGACAGAUGUCUGGAGUUUUUACUGAAAAAUUCACUGAUACAAUGCACAGAUGUAUUGAUUGGAUUUGAAUUUCAGAAAUAGAUUUAAGUGUUUUCAGAUAAAACAGUAUAGUGUAAGCUCACUUAUUUCUUGGAUAAGGAAGUCAUAGAAAAUCCCUGGUUUUAGAGCAGUAUUUUUUUGAGGAACUUAGUGACCAGAAUUCCUGACAUAUCCUGUGGCUGAAAGGGUAGUUGGGGUCUCACAGAUGACCUACUCUGUUAAAAAAAAAAAAAAAAAAAAGUAAAGCCCUGCGUGUGUAUGUGCGUGCGUGUUUCAGACAGGGACAUUAUAUUAGAAGCAGAGCCAUGAAGUUGGGAGUGAACUCCAAGUGCGGGAACAGCACAAGGCAAAAUAAUGCAAGGAAUCCCUUAAAGCGGUGAGGGCUAUGGUGGGGCGGGAGGCAGGCGUGAUGGCAGGCGCGGUGGCAGCCUACCGGAGGAACGUUCGCUCUGUAGACUAUCGAGUCGUACCAAGCUUCAGGAGAGGGUACGCUUAUGUUGGGGGGACUGUGAUUUCUCCAAAUACAUGCUACAAACUGUGUUCUAAUGGUGUUUUCUAAUUGCAGUCAGAAAUGUAUGCUGCAUUAUGUGGUCCGAAGUCCUAUUAUUAAAGUUUAUACUCAAGGACA